AUGAUGGCUUUCUUUUCGUCUGUUUUUCCCGACCCCCAGAUCAGUAGACUUCCGGGCAGACGGCCCUCUUCUACUCGUGCUCCCGCCGCUUUUAUUCCUAUUGCGCCGCGUCCGGCUCCCUCGUCGGUUUCGUCGGCUUCGUCGUCCUCGUCUUUGGUGCCGGAGUCUGGCGCUUCGGGACAGAGGUCGGGUUCUGUCUCGGGCCUUAAGUUGGAGGAUCUACAGUACUCCAGACAGGCUGAUCCGGCUUUGGGAGGUGUGCCGGUGACGACUGCCAUGGGUGGUGCUUCGCUACCUCCAUCGAAUCCCUAUGUCCCUCUCUCCUGCGCAUCGCUUGCCUCUUCUCCGCUCGGCUCCCUCGCUGAAACUCCCCUGUCCGUCUCGAUGGCUAUGUCCAUGCCGAUGUCGAUGGCCAGCGGCGCAUGGGCCACGGAUACUACUCCGGCGUAUGCUGAUGCCAGCCCUUUCACGUUGGAGGAGAUGGAUGUCGACGUGAUAGGUGAUUGGACGUGGUUGUCGCAGACGGUAUGA